UCACCCGGGUUCUUUGUCCCGGCGCUCUGUUCUGCUGCUGCCGUGCUAGCUUCCACUGCGCGGACGCCGCAGGCCGCACACGCAAUCCAUCUAUCCAUCCAUCCAUCCGUCUUGAGAGGCGGCAGCGUCAUCUGUUAGAGAAAAAACAACUGCGGUGAAUCAGUCGGAUUUGGAGGAGCCGAAUAAAUAACCAAGGAUACUGCGAAGGGACUCCUCCCGGCCCCAAAAGCACUUUCCUUGCGUCCCCGUCAGGGAGGGAGGGAGGGAGGGGAGCAUUGCUGUGCGGGAUGGCGAGGAGGAGGAUGAGGAGGGGAGGCGGUGGCGGUGGCGGUGGCGGUGGCGGGGUGGUGGAUGUGGUGCGGGUGCGGCGGCUGCUGCUGCUGUCCCUGACCUGCUGCAGCAGCAUUUGGCCAGGCGGACGGAUCUUCGCUGCUGCGGACACUGACCCCAACGAUCUUAACGUCCUCAACACGCUCUUCACCAGUCUGAAUUCUCCUGGGCAGCUCACAGGUUGGCAGGCGAAUGGGGGUGAUCCUUGUGGCCAGUCAUGGAAGGGCAUUACUUGCUCAGGAUCAGGGGUCACUAAAAUUGACAUGAGCCAAAAUAACCUUGGCGGUGGAGGUCAAAUACAGUACAAUCUUCCCAAUAUGAAGCUUGAGAAACUCAAUCUUGCAGGAAAUCAAUUUGGUGGAAAUUUACCCUACUCAAUUUCGACGAUGCCUAAUCUUAAGUAUUUAAACCUUAAUCAUAACCAACUACAAGGAAACAUCAGUGAUGUAUUUUCCAACCUUUACAGUUUGUCAGAACUGGAUCUGUCCUUUAAUUCCCUUACUGGUGAUCUACCACAAAGUUUCACUGGAUUGUCAAGCCUGAAAAAAGUGUAUUUGCAGAACAACCAAUUUACUGGUAAUAUCAAUGUCUUAGCCAAUCUCCCCCUUGAAACUUUGAAUGUUGCGAACAACCAUUUCACUGGUUGGAUUCCUAGUCAGCUUAAGAAGAUAAACAGUCUACAGACUGAUGGAAAUUCUUGGAGCACAGGACCAGCGCCACCUCCACCUCCAUACACAGCGCCGCCUCCUCCUCCAAACCAUUGGAAUGCUGAUGGUUCAUCAAGUUCAUCAAGUUCUGGUGGAAGAUCUGGGAUAGGUGGUGGAGGUGUAGCAGGAAUCAUUAUAUCGUUGCUGGUUGUUGGAUCAGUUGUUGCAUUUCUUGUGAUCAAAAGAAGAAAACGCAAAGCUGCUAUGAAAGAACAUUUUGAACAGCACCAGCCAUUCACUUCCUUCCCUUCAAAUGAAGUUAAAGACAUGAAGCCUGUCUACGAGGCCACCACAGUAGACAUAGAGUCUUUGGCUUCACCUGCUUCAGUUAAUCUGAAACCACCUCCGAAGAUAGAACGAAACAAAUCAUUUGAUGAUGACGAUGAUUUUUCAAACAAGCUUGUUGCAAAGAAAAGUAAUAUAACACCUAUAAAUGCAACUGUUUAUUCAGUUGCAGAUCUACAGAUGGCAACAGAUAGCUUUAGCUUCGACAACCUUGUUGGAGAGGGUACUUUUGGACGUGUUUACAGGGCACAAUUCAAUGAUGGAAAGGUUCUGGCGAUCAAGAAAUUAGAUAGUACUGUGAUGCCAUUUCAAUCAUCUGAUGACUUUGCUGAACUGGUCUCGAACAUUUCAAAAUUGCACCAUCCGAAUCUGAAUGAGCUUGUGGGCUAUUGCAUGGAACAUGGCCAGCACUUGCUUGUGUAUGAUUUCCACAGGAAUGGAUCACUUCAUGAUCUACUCCACCUUUCAGAUGAGUACAGCAAGCCACUUAGCUGGAACACUCGUAUCAAGAUCGCACUCGGCUCUGCCCGUGCACUGGAGUACCUUCAUGAAAUAUGUUCUCCAUCCAUCAUCCAUAAGAAUUUCAAGUCGUCAAACAUUUUGCUGGACUCAGAAUUCAAUCCACACCUUUCAGAUGCUGGACUUGCAAGCUUUAUUCCUGAUGCUGAAUUCCAGGCAGCAGAACAAAGUGCCGGAUACACUGCCCCAGAAGUGGACAUGACCGGUCAGUACACCCUCAAGAGUGAUGUCUACAGCUUUGGAGUUGUCAUGCUUGAACUAUUGACAGGACGUAGACCAUUUGACAGCUCUAGACCCAGGUCAGAGCAGUCACUUGUGCGGUGGGCAACACCCCAGCUGCAUGACAUCGACGCAUUGGACAGGAUGGUCGAUCCUGCACUCAAGGGUCUAUACCCAGCCAAAUCUCUAUCCCGAUUUGCUGAUGUCCUUGCCCUGUGUGUCCAGCCUGAACCAGAAUUCAGGCCACCAAUGUCAGAGGUGGUGCAAGCAUUGGUUCGACUUGUGCAGAGGGCCAACAUGACGAAGAGGAUGCUUGAUGGGGAUACUUCUCGGCGACCAGAUGACCUGGACCAAGAUUUCAUAUGACAAGCUGAACUCUUGUCAGAUUGUAUUUAUUUCGUUCGACUAGCGGCCCAGCAGAGACAUAAUCACACAAGAGGAAGAAACAGAACUCUGUCAGCUUCGCCAGUACAUAAUCACAAGUUUUUCUUGGUAGCAAAGUUGUGCUAUAUGGUUGUACUGUGUCUACAAAAUAGUACCUUGAUCUUACGCUAAUGGCAUAUUGUUAUAAUUCUUUGGUAACUUAUAUGCAAAUGCCCCAGAUAAACAAAACUAUGGUGAAGUGUGCCGAAUGUUAAAAUAACUGAUUAGUCCAGUACUGCUGCAUCAACUGAAACAAGUUGCACAGUGGAAAUAUUUAUCUUGGUCCCUCAACUAUCCCCUUGAGGCUUAUUUU